AGUGUACUUGAUUGUUACCUCCAAAACAAUCUUUCUGAUGAAGCAGUUAGAGACUCUGCAGUUUUUGGAUUACAGUUUGCUGGUCUCUGUGGCCAGCUUGUGGGUAUUGAUGUUUUGGACAAAAGUCUUUAUGUUGGAUUUGAAGGACCUACAUGUAGAUUCCCGGCCCAAUUAUCUGAUAUUGCAGCCCUUCAACCACUAUUAGAGAUACUAUAUUUCUUCAAAGUAAGGAGUUGA